AUGUCUCUGCCUUUCCUCCAAACUUUCCCACGAGAGAUCCGGGACUUAAUUUACACUUUUAUCCUUGCAGAUCCGAAUGGUGUCAUUACUCUUUCGCCAUGGUCGAUGGAAGUUGCGCAGUCCUUUUCCAUACUUCGAACAUGUAAACAAGUCCACAGAGAAUGCAAGGAAAUAAUUUGGGAGCAUAAGGGACUGAAAUUGCGGGAGCUUCCUGACUUAAAAUCCAAGCUCGAAAAGAGGAUUUCAAUACUUGGCGAAGCUACGCGAUGGCAUAUAUUCAUACAAUUGGAGGUAUUGGAUUGGGACGAAUUAGAAUGGGUUGAGCGUGGUCUGGCAGCAGUAGCAGGAUCUCUACAAAAAUUGCAUAGUAUUACAAUCAAAGCGAGCAAAGAACGACCACAAACAGUCGAGGAAUUUGAGGAUAUUCUUGACCUAAGGGAAAAUGGUGAAAUAGUCGAUGGAAGAUUAUAUCAAGAGUAUCCUGGAAAUGCUUCGACAGACAAAAGAUAUCGGACUUGGAUGAUAAACACUAGUUGGCCUCGACUGUCUCCUUGGGCCAAGAGGAAAUGGUUGGCAGAAAUGUUAAUUGAUACGACUGAUACAAGCAAGCUAUUAGACAGAAUCCAUGACAAAUUUGGCGGGCAAUUAUAUGUUGAUGGGGUGUUAUGUUUGAAAGACGGAAAACAAAUUGUGAAAGGUUUGAAGCUUGAUUCAAGGGAUGGAGAACUCAAAAUUAUUCCUAGACAUAGGUAG